AUGAUCGACAAGAGAUUCUCAGUGAACAGCCUGACGUGCUGUUGGCUUCUCUUUAUUUUAUACCUGCCUGCUUGCUUUGGAGAUUUGAGCUAUUCUGUUCCGGAAGAGAUGAAACGCGAAUCUGUUAUCGGGAAUAUAGCGAAGGAUCUAGGCUUGGACAUUAAGCAUCUCUCUUCUCGCAAAGCCCGUGUGGAUACUAAAGGUAGCCGCCGACGUUAUUGUGACAUUAAUCUGAAUUCUGGUGAUCUAAUUGUUUCAGAAAGGAUUGACAGAGAAGCGCUUUGUGGACAAAAGGCUUCGUGCGUUUUAAAUAGCGACCUUGUGUUGGCGAAUCCUCUGGAAUUACAUCGUAUAUCGCUUCAUAUUCAAGACAUUAAUGACAACUCCCCAGUAUUCGGAAAUGAUAUAAUUACCCUGGAAAUAGGAGAAUCCGCAUCAAAAGGAGCUCGAUUCCUCUUAGAUGAGGCCCACGAUGCGGAUAUAGGACAGAACGCGGUCCAAAGCUACACACUACAAAGGAAUAAUCAUUUUGUUUUGGCUGUUCAUACAAACCCAGACGGAGGAAAAUAUAGUGAAUUGGUGCUCGAAAAAGAGUUGGAUCGUGAGGAACAGCAAGCGGUAACGUUAUUACUUACUGCUGCUGACGGAGGGACUCCUCAGAAAACUGGUACUGUAGUUAUCCACAUCACUGUACUGGAUGCUAAUGAUAAUAUUCCUGUGUUUAGCCAGGCCGUUUAUAAGGUUAGUCUGCCUGAAAAUGCUCCUUUGGGUACAAUAGUGGUGACAGUCAGCGCCACCGAUGCAGAUGAGGGAGCAAACGGCGAAGUGACGUAUGCUUUUGGCCGUGCAUCAGAUGAAGUGAAUAAAUUGUUUUCGCUCGAUCGCAAAAAGGGAGAAAUUACGCUGAAUGGACUAGUUGAUUUUGAGGAAGAAACCAAUUAUGAAAUGCGAGUACAAGCAAAAGAUGGCGCAGGGUUGGCUUCCCAUACUAAAGUAAUUAUAGAAAUCACUGAUGUGAAUGACAACGCCCCUGAAAUAUUUAUUGAAUCUUUGAGGAAUCCAAUUUCAGAGAAUGUGCAGCUUGGCACCGAGGUGGGCAUCAUCAAUGUCCAGGAUAAAGAUUCACAAGGAAAUCGACAGGUCCGCUGCUCCAUUCAGCAAAAUGUUCCUUUCAAGUUACUGCCCUCCAUCAAAGAUUAUUUCUCAUUGGUCACGACAGAAGAGUUAGAUCGAGAAAUUGUGUCUGAUUACAAUAUAACAAUUACGGCUUCCGAUGAAGGUACUCCGUCCCUAUCUUCCACAAAAACUGUGCAGUUAUCAGUGUCAGACGUGAAUGACAACCCGCCUGCAUUUGACGAGCAGUCAUACAACGCCUAUGUGACAGAAAAUAACAAACCUGGCUCCUCUGUUGUUUCUGUAAAGGCUAAAGACCCAGACUGGAGGCAGAACGGUACAAUUUUCUAUUCCAUCUUAUCUGGUGAUGUCAGUGGAGUCCCCGUAUCUUCGUUUCUUUCCAUUAAUGGAGACACCGGAGUGAUCCAUGCUGUACGAUCAUUUGAUUAUGAGCAGUUCAGAAGCUUCAAAGCGCAGGUCGUUGCCAGAGACAACGGUUCCCCUCCACUCAGUAGUAACGUGACUGUGAGUGUGUUUAUAACAGAUGAGAAUGAUAACUCUCCACAGAUAUUAUAUCCUGCGCCUCUGGGUAACUCCAUGAUGACUGAGAUGGUCCCCAAAGCUGCUCAUGCCGGCUCUCUGGUUUCCAAGGUGAUCUCUGUGGAUGCGGACUCCGGACAGAAUGCAUGGCUGUCCUAUCAGAUCCUGAAAUCUACUGAUCCGGGUCUUUUCACCAUUGGUCUCCACAGUGGAGAGAUCAGGGCGCAGCGGGACAUUUCUGAAUCGGACACCAUGAAACAGAACCUUAUCGUCUCAGUGGCAGAUAACGGACGACCCUCUCUCUCUACAACAUGUACUGUAUAUUUAUUAGUUUCAGAUAACUUGGCAGAAGUCCCAGAGCUGAAGGAUAUGAAUUACGAGGAAGACAAGUCCAAAUUAACUUCAUAUUUGAUUAUCGCACUGGUCUCUGUUUCCACCUUCUUCCUUACUUUCAUUAUUCUUAUUGUCUCCGUGAUGUUUUGCCGGAGACGAAAGCCCAGACUGCUGUUUGACGGCGCAGUGGCCAUUCCCAGCGCAUAUUUCCCUCCAAACUACGCAGAUGUGGAAGGCGCAGGGACCUUACGUAGUUCGUACAAUUAUGACACGUACUUAACAACUGGCUCCCGCACUAGCGACUUCAAGUUCCUCAGCUCAUACAACGACGCCACAAUUUCGUCCGGCCAGACCCUUAAGCGGAGUCCAAAUGAAACCAAAGCGGAGACUGACUUCAUUGAGGCUGAAUCCACAUGCGCAACUCUGGUAAAUCCAUUUAGUUAA